AUGGUGGAGGACGAUGCGGUUAUGCCUCCCUCUACAGGAGCAACUACCCACAGAGGCCGAAGGAGGCGAACCAAGCGAGAUGCCUUUCCGGGGUCGGCCAGCUGGAUCAGCAGCGUGAUAAAUCUUGUCAACACAAUUGUCGGUGCUGGUGUUCUUGCUAUGCCCCUAGCUAUCGCACAUAUGGGAAUUACUCUCGGUGUUAUCGUGGUGAUUUGGUCGGGCAUUGCAGCGGGUUUUGGACUUUAUCUACAAGCUAGAUGUGCACAAUAUCUAGACCGGGGAACUGCGUCGUUUUUCGCUCUGUCGCAACUUACAUACCCAAAUGCUUCAGUCAUCUUCGAUGCUGCUAUUGCGAUCAAAUGCUUUGGAGUCGGUAUAAGCUAUCUGAUCAUCAUUGGAGAUCUGAUGCCUGGAGUGGUUGAGGGAUUCGCUGGGAGUAGUCCGGUUAGCGAUUUCUUGGUAGACCGUCAUUUUUGGAUUACUGCUUUUAUGCUUAUCGUCAUCCCACUUUCCUUCCUCCGACGUCUCGAUUCUCUGAAAUAUACUAGCGUUGUUGCUUUGAUCUCUAUUGGAUACCUUGUGGUGCUGGUUGUCUAUCAUUUCACCAAGGGGGACACGAUGGUUGACCGUGGCCCGAUCCGUGUGAUCCAAUGGGCAGGAAUUGCGCCUGCUCUCAGCAGCUUCCCAGUCAUUGUUUUUGCAUAUACUUGCCAUCAAAAUAUGUUUUCGGUUUUGAAUGAGAUUAACGACAAUAGCCAUUUUCAGACCACGAGUGUGGUCUUUACUAGCAUCGGUAGCGCCGCAUCGAUUUAUAUUCUUGUUGCAAUUACCGGGUAUCUAUCUUUUGGGAACAGCAUCGGAGGCAACAUUGUUGGCAUGUAUCCACCAUCUAUAUCCGCGACCAUCGGUCGAGCCGCGAUCGUUGUUCUUGUCAUGUUCUCGUAUCCUUUACAGGUGCAUCCCUGUCGGGCGUCUGUGGAUGCUGUAUUGAAAUGGAUACCAUCGAGAACAAGGAAUAGCAACGACGUUUCGCCCCACCGGUAUCCCCUUCUCCCUCGCGCCAGUCGCGGACCCGAGCCGAUGAGCGAUCUCCGCUUCGCCGCCAUAACUUCAAGCAUUAUAGUUUUGAGCUUCAUUGCCGCCAUGACAGUGAAUUCACUCGAAGCUGUACUAGCUUACGUUGGCAGUACGGGAAGCACCAGCAUAAGUUUCAUUCUCCCGGGGCUUUUCUACUACAAGAUAUCAUCUCCCGACUCACCCGCGCACCAACAACUUAUGAAAGAAGAUGAUGACGAAAUAGCCGCCGAUGACAUAAUUUCUGAUGAUGAGAACUCAGGCGAAGAUCAGCAACAAGGUCUUCUAAGCGGGAGCGGCAUACUCUCAUCUAGCGGCAUCCUUCCCACCAAUCGACAUUUGCGAAAGGGCUUGCUACGACGACUCAGUCUUGCUCUUGCGAUAUACGGAGUCGUGGUUAUGGUGGUGUGCCUUGGCAUGAACACAUUUUUCCACGCGUCGAAGUAA